UGUUAGAUCCACGUCCACCCCCGAGAGACCGAGAUGCAGGCGCCGGCCGGUACCAAUGCUCCGGCGUGCCGGUUCACCACCACGUGGUCGCAUGGCGUCAGGAUCCUGAGGUCGCACGCCUACGACUGGGCUGCGCUGCUCCUCCUGAUCGGUGUCGAAGGCAUCCUCAACGCCAUCGAGCCGUUCCACCGGUUCGUCGGCGAAGGCAUGAUCGCGGACCUCAGAUACCCCAUGAAGAGCAACACCGUCCCGUUCUGGGCGGUCGCGAUCGUUGCUAUCAUUGUACCUAUGCUCAUCUUCAUCGCCAUCUACAUCUGGAGGAGGAAUGCGUAUGAUUUGCACCACGCUAUACUUGGUAUUCUGUUUUCUGUGUUGAUCACCGGCGUCCUGACGGACGCGAUCAAGGACGCCGUGGGCCGUCCGCGCCCCAACUUCUUCUGGCGCUGCUUCCCUGAUGGAAUCGCUGUGUACGACAACAUCACCACAGCAGUCAUAUGCCACGGCGACGCCAGCGUGAUCAAAGAAGGCCACAAGAGCUUCCCAAGCGGUCACUCUUCCUGGUCCUUCGCCGGUCUGGGGUUCCUGUCGUGGUACCUCGCCGGGAAGAUCACCGUCUUCGACCGACGAGGGCACGUCGCCAAGCUGUGCGCGGUCAUCCUGCCUCUCCUCGUGGCCGCGCUCAUCGCCAUCUCGCGGGUAGAUGACUACUGGCACCAUUGGCAGGACGUCUUCGCGGGCGGCAUCCUUGGAAUGGUGGUUGCGUCUGUUUGCUACCUGCAGUUCUUUCCACCACCCUCUGAUGACAAAGGUUUCUGGCCUCAUGCCCACUUCAGGGACAUCAGCGAGAGGGAAGAGGAGAGCCGGAGGCGGCGCACUACUGAAAUGAGCAACAGUGGCUCAACCGCAGUUGUCCCUCGGCAAGGUGAGACGGGGGCAAACACGAGCCGAACGUUGGAGGCGAUGGAGUCCGGUACGUAGGACAGGGCGAUGGCCCCAUGUAACAUGCAUGUAUGAUCGGAAAAAAAAGUAACAUGCAUGUAUUGUGGCCCGUGGAUAGAUCCGUUGUCACCUACCCUAAGCCUUGGAGAUCUCAGCUUCCGAGUUCCAAAAUGUAGGGUUGGAAGUGUCACUGAAUAUCUCUGUAUAUAUAGUACUACUUUCUUAGAGUCCGGUGCGUAGGACAAGGCAAUGGCCCUGUGUAACAAUGUAUUGUAGAUCGAUCACUUGGCAUCUAAAAGCCAUGGAGAUCCAGCUUCCAAGUUCCAAUGUGUAGGGUUAGAAAUGUCACUGAAUCUGUAUGUAUAUACACAUGUAAUGUGGAUCUAUUCCGUUGGAGUCUAA